UGCACGCUGCUUUUACGCAUUGAUACUUUGCGCUCUGUGAAGAUGCGUUGCGCACUUUCCAAACUGCACAUGCUGCGCUCUUCUGUCCUUGCGCUGUGGAUCGCGGCUCUCCAGGGAUUCAGACCUGCGGAUGCUGCCCCUAACCCCUCUCCCCUCCUGGGCUCCAAUUGGGGGAACCCGCGGAGGUACAUCCACCUUCAGACCACUUCGGACUUAAACAACUUCUAUUUAGAGAUCAGCCUGAAUGGACACGUGCGCAAAACUACAAACCGGGGGUCCUACAGUGUCAUUUUAUUGAAAUCAGAGAGCAGAGACCGUCUGGCAAUAUUUGGAGUGAAAAGUAACCGAUUUUUGUGCAUGGAUGCAGGAGGAACUCUUUUCACUUCUACGGUUUGUAAUAAGGAAGACUGUCUUUUUCACCACAAACUUUUGGAAAACCAUCGUGACGUGUAUUACUCCACUAAGCAUGGCAUACUGCUUAACCUGGAUGGGGUGAAACAGGUGUUCAUAGCAGGACAAAACCUCCCCCAGUCGUCUCUCUUCUUAUCCGAGAAGAACAGUGUUCCACUGGAGCGCCUGCAGCACCGGGAGAGGAGGAACCGGCAGGUGAACCCAUCAGACCCGCUGAACGCGCUCCGGAACGGAGAGGCGUCGGACUCCAGAGCUGCUCAGGAGGACGAUGGGGACUUGGACUUUGAGCCGUCAGAGGGUCUAAACAUCUCCAGGGAAAAUCUGGUUUCCCCUUCCGAUGAUGACCCGUGGGAUCUUCUUCACGACACGAGCCCCGACAGUCCCCGGAUUUCAGCAGUUGUCGGAUAAAGUUACAGAUCCUCCGUGGCUUGACUGUUGAACCGCUGCUUUGCGCAAAGCCGACGCGCCAGCGUUUUCAUCAUAAAUAAGUGUUUUUAAGGACAUAUAUAUUUCAAAUCAAUUUCACGUGUGCAUUCUUAAAAAUAAAGGU